AUGGAGAAAAUUAAGCCUGCUGAUGUAGGUCUCGAACAGGAGGCACAGUUGGUGCGUAAUUGGUCAGGUUCUAUGCUUGAGCGUAAUGGGGAUCAGCAGUCACUGCCACCAAUCAAGUACUUGCAUUUACAUGAGUGCGAUAGCUUCUCUAUGGGAAUUUUUUGCAUGCCCCCUUCCUCUAUCAUACCCCUUCAUAAUCAUCCUGGAAUGACUGUGUUGAGCAAGCUUAUAUAUGGUACAUUAUGUGUUAAUUCAUAUGACUGGCUUGAUUUUCCUGGUCCUGCCGAUCCAUCAGAAGCUAAACCUGCAAAGCUGGUCAAAGAUACUGAGAUGACAGCACCAUGCCCACCAACAGUUCUUUAUCCAACAACUGGAGGCAAUAUCCAUAGUUUUAGAGCUCUAACUCCUUGUGCCAUCUUUGACAUCCUUGCGCCGCCUUACUCCUCUGAAGAUGGACGGCACUGCACGUAUUUCCGGAAGUCCUCAAGAAAAGAUCUGCCUGGUUAUCUUGAGUUUGAAGGAGUUACAGAGCCACAAGUGACUUGGUUAGAAGAGUUUCAACCUCCCGACAACUUUGUGAUUCGCAGAGGGCUGUACAAGGGCCCUGUUAUUAGAACUUGA